AAUAUUUACUGCGAUUUUUGUUGACGUGCUGAAGAAUUUAUUUUAAUUGCUUUGAUUAUCAGUUUUUUUAUAGUGUCAUGAAAAUGUAGGUGUAUUUAAAGUCAUUUGUAACUAUUUGAAAUAUUGUUCGUGUUAUAAGGAUAGCAAGGAUACAAUGGUACACCUGUGAUCGCUGUAUUUUGAAAUAGUGCCAAAAUGGGAGAUGAUUUAGUAACGUGCCUAAUCGACGAAAUCUGUCUUGAAGGACUAGAUGGCAUUACACUUGACGAUCUCUGGCUGAGGCUGAAAGAGCGACCAGGAUUUGAUCUGAUUCUGGAUGACUCUUCAAAAGAAUUCCUUUGGACACUAAUUAAAGAAUUGGAUGAUGUUGAAUUUUAUGAGUUACAUGAACCACGAAAUCCAUUGAUAAUAUUUGAUCGUUAUAAAUAUGUUGAUCCAGAACUUGGUACAGUUUUAGAACCUGAUGAAAUUCCAGAAGACAUUUAUCCAUUUCACCAAAUAGAUGAUAUAAAGAAUGGAGUUAUGGGUUCUUGUUCAACAUAUCAUUCAAGACGUCAACUAAAGGAAGACAUUGCUUCUCUGUCAUACACAGAUAUUAUUUCAAGGUAUGGCAGAAAAUUUGUGGUUGUUGGGAGCCAAUCUGCUCGGAAUGCUGCUCUGAUGGGAGAUGAAACGGAUCCUGGAGUGGAACUCAGUCUCAUGCAUUAUUGUCUUCUUGAGAGAAUUGGGAGGUCACGCUAUCAUGGUGAAAUAACCCAAGGGAAGAUUAGUUUACAAGUAGUAGGAGAAGAUCCAAAAUCACUAUUCUACCAUAGGAAGUUCCUUGCUGCUAACAAUUUUAUAACAAAGCAGGUUCAUCACUUGAAGACAGGAGCACAGAAUUGUUCAGGAAGCUUAUUACACUUGCCCCGGUUCUAUGUGGAGCGCAAACCAAAAGCUUUGUACUUAACAGAGAAAGUAAUUGAAAUUUUAAAGACCCGGACAAAUUAUAUUGCUGAAUAUGAUGAAAUAAGACAAGAAUUACGACUGUCUAAUUCUCUGAAAAAGUUAUUUAAGACCUUUGAUUUUCAGAAAUUUGUGAGAACAGACCAGAGAAUCCCUUACCGUGCUUUACAUCCGGGUGCAAAACCAAGUGAAUGGAAACUCAAAAAUAAUGAUAAGGAGAAAACUAUACGAGUAAUCCAAUUGAUAGAUCCAGAUAUGAAUGUGCAAGACCUCUGGGCAAAAGACGAUGAAUUUGAGGAACCAGAAGAUAGUAACACAGUAUCACCAGGGAAUGUUGAUCAAGUGCUAGACCGGCCAUUACUCAGCCAAGCUUACUAUGCAGUUGAAGCAGCUGGUCCACAAGGUGUUAGUCAGCUAGAGCUUGCUGCAGUAAUGGGCAUAUCAAAACUACAGUCUAGAACAGUAUGUAGAAACCUAUUACGGACGGGUUUGAUAGUAACAUUUAUGAAUGACAUAGGGAGACAGAGAGUAUCCAGGUUUAUGGCAAAAAUAUUUGAGCGGCAGUGUGAAAUGAACUUGCAGUUCAAUAGAGAGAAAGAGAGAAUGCUGGCACUCACAAGUGAAGGUGGAGACAAGUCAAAUGCUGAAACAGUCCGUAACUUUGAGAGUAUGAGAAAGAGAAAGUGUAAAACAUUUGAAGUUACUCCUCAAUCCAAGAGACAAAAGAAAUCCCGUGUUAAGCAGGAGCCUGUAAAGGAUACUGAUAGAAACUUACAAAUUUCAGUUGCCAAAGAAAAUGAAGUGCCUGUACCUAAUUUUGGAAUACCUUCAUCUCUGGAAUCUCCUGUUCAGGCACCAUCUUCAUUUUCAAAAGAAAGUUCAGAUAUGGCAUCCUCUGACACACCACAAACAACUCAGGAGAUUUCAUGCCAUUCUGUAAAUAGCAGUUCAUCUGUAAACUGUACAGAACAGAACACAUCAUUACAAUUACAGCUAUCAUCAUUGCCAACUUCUCAAGAAGGAACUGUUUCUUCUGAGAAGCUUGAUAAUACAGAAGAAAUACAGAACUUGAUUUCAGGAUGUACAUUACCACAUACCUCCACUUCAAGUCCUGCACUGGGAAGUCCACUGUGUACAGGACAAACAUUCCCAUCUGAAAGUUCAGUCUCAUUCCUGACUUCAGAACUAACACCAAGUAAGGAAGAUGAUCCAGUAGUGACCAGGAAAACAGUAUCUGACAAUGGCAUUGUCGCUGAGAUCACAGAGUCCACUGCAGUCAGACAUUUACCAAGGGGAUUUGAUGAAAAUCUAGAAGAUCUAAAGAGUUAUUUUGCUCACCAAGUGAAGGAUACUACAUGUGUAACAUACCGUCUGCUGAAACGGGCUAAUUUGAUAAUUGAAAGUAUUAAAUCCCAGAAAGUCAUUGAAGAUUUGACAAAAUUGAUGAAGCUGAUCAGUGAAGAAGAAGACCGAGAAGGGUAUAAUGUGAGAAUUGAUAAGAAAUCACUGAUGCGGCUGCUCUCCAAAUUAAGCAAUGAUGGCUUUCUAAAAGUAAUAAAAGUUGUUCUUAAAGGUGGAGAUAAAGAGAAGGUCUUGCAUUUUGUAUGUGAACCAAGUGUUACAGUAGAUCACUCUGUCAUACAGUCAGCAAUAGAGCAGACUAGAGUAAAAUCUCUUAUAACUGCUAAGGAGAAGAUUCCCAAAGCUCCAACCAAAAUGGAAACCAAUAAGGAAAAUACAGAUGUAUGCAAGGAGUGUACUACAGUAAAUCAGAGUGUUAAUGAGUUAAACUCGAUAAAUGUUGGUGUCAAGGAACAAAAGCUGAUUUAUGAUAAGAGGAUUGGAAAGAAGUAUGGCUUCAGUCCAAAGUUCAUUAGAAUGAAAACUUUGCACCAGUUUUUAUUUUAUCUUGUUGCUGGUUAUGAAGGUGAUCUUGAUUUAGAUCAAGUGACAGCAAUUAGCGAUCUCAAAGAGCAAGGCAUCAUUAUCACUGAAGAUGAUGAGUCAAAUAUGGCAAAAAUUUUUGUUCCCAAGCCUUGUUGGAAAAUGUUUAUUCCUCCAUUGCCCCAGCAUACAGGUUGGCCAAAAGGCUGGGCUCUAAUGUGUGACAUAUUGCUACGACUUCCUCUCUCUAUUUUUGUUAAGGUUUUCAAUGUUUCUUACAUAGUUCCUGACAUGGAAAAUUAUUUGACACAUCCUGUUCGUCGGCACUAUUUAGUCAAACACUUGCCAGAAAAUAUGAGAUGUUGCUUAUUUUCAAAAAGGAAGUAUAUAUUCAGCAUACAUGAAGUAAUGCAGCGUCUUUGUUUUGUUGGUUUGGUACGUUUCGGUCCACAACGCCUAAAGGAAAAAGAUCAGGUUUUUGUGUACCUUAAUAGAAGAACACAUCUUCUGGAUACUACAACAUCAAAACCUGGUUACCACCAAGUUUCAGAUAAUAUCGUUUAUCAGGAACAUAAAUAUUAUUUUGGUGACAUGGCUGAUGUAGAGAAAUAUUGGUAUGAUAUGUGGAAUAUUUGUCUGCACACAAAUUUGGGAGGGCGGCUGUGUGUAGCAGGAAAAGACAUAGUGCUGGAGAUGUUGCACAACAAGCCAGCCAUGGUGAAGUCACUGGAACCAGUUACUCCUCAAGAAAUUGAGUCGCUGGAUGUAGGAGAUGUCCCAGGUGACAAAAGAGGCGCCGGAGGGCUGGAUUCUGCCCUUUUCUCUCACCUGAAGAGGAACUGGAACUGGAGUUAUACAUCUAAGUUUGCUGCUUUUGAUCUAGCUGGAAAUAUGUCCCAGAACACUGAAGUGAAAAAGCAGAGUACAGCAUCCAUCUCAGAAGAAAUAAAGAAAAAUAAGGAAAUAUUUGACAGCUAUGUGGGAAAUACCAAGAAAGGAAAUAGACUCCAGCGUUCAAUUUCAAGAAAAUCAGCUGUGGCUGUUGCUGCAGCACCUGUGUUGAAGCCAACAUCAGCACCAAGGCGUAAAGCAAAGGCAAAGAAGAUCACACGCAGAGUUCUGAUUCGACAGAAGAAGAAAGAACAUAGACCUUACUAUGAUGAGGCUGAUCAAGCUGCCUUGCUUCUCAUGAGUAAAUUGCGAGUUGAUUGGAGCCAUAGAGAGGACAAUUUUUUACUGUUGUGCAAAGUUGCUAGUAUGUAUCUUUGUCCAGUUCCACGACAGCAAUUGGUUCCUUUCCAAUUAAUCCGAGAUAUACUUCAUAGUAAAUUCCCGGAAUCACACAACAAAACAUCCCGUGCAUGUCAACGGCGUAUAUUAUAUAUGAUGAAAAAUAUGUCAACAUCCAGUAGUGUAGCAUUGUUUUUAGAGGAAAUUCGGCAAGAUGCGGAAAUAAAGAAAAAAUUUGAGAUUUCAGUUUCUGAACUCCGGAAGAAGUGUGAAAAUUCUGAAGAAGUUGAGAGAAUUGUAGCAGAGAAGUUCAGGGGGUUGGUUGUAGUCUUGGAAAAGAGGUUUGACAGGCUGGCAAACAAGAAAGCUUCAAUGGUUAUACCUGAUACUCCAGAACUAUUCUGGAAGAAAUAUGAAAUUAUACGCCCAUCAAAGUCGCUGAAAAAGCGAGGAUUUUUCCAGGAUGUAAAAUGUAUUACGGAUAUUCAGAAAGCUGUGAUACAAUCUGUCAUUCAUAGUUCCCUGUGCUGUGUGCAAGACAAGACUUCUUGGGCAUAUCAGCUGUUUAAAGUUUACCAACAGUUUCCAGAUAAUUUGCUCAGAUCUGCAAUGAAAAAGAUCCGUGAAGAUCAAAUAGUAUCUCUUAAGAAGAAUUAUAUGCAUUUGGCACAGAGAAAAGGAAAUUUCCUGCCAUUGUCAUGUUCUCCAUUCCAGCUCUCUAUCAGCUAUCGACACAUAUUACAAACAAGUUAUCAAUAUUCAAUAUUCCAUCAGUCAUUCACCAUGUCAUUGAGUUUGGAGAACUGGCAUACAUCAAAUGACUGGGAAAGUAAUCCUGAGGACAGAGGUCUGAAACUGAUGAUAACUGAUGGUGGAUCAACUGCAGCUUUAGUGGAACUGUUCUGUAAAGGAGUGAUUGAAUUUGAUUUGGAGAUACCUGACCAAAUCAUUACACUCAACCCAAAGGUUUCAGAAGUGGAUGAAGGUUAUGCUCGCAUAAUAGAGAGAUAUAAAGAGAUCCUUCGGUCCUACAAACCAGGAACUGAAUUCUUUUCAUCUUCAGCUUUGUUUAAGAAUUAUGGAUCCUCGACUGGAGCAAAUAGUGAUGAGUCAGAUGAAGAAGAAGACAAAAAUGACCCAGAUUAUUCACCUACUGAUGAUCCAAAUACUUGCAAUGCUACUAGCCUGGCGCGAACUGCCUCUCGCAUUGCAUUGUAUAUGAUGCGAGAGGAACUUGAGGAUAAAAUGGUUGAAAACAAUCAGCAUGCACAUGAUUUUUUUGUUGUGAAUUCAUGCACACUAUAUUGCAAAAUUAAUAAGUUAUCUGGUGAUAAAACCAAUCAAGAAAUCAAAGAUUAUAUUAAAACAAUAUAUCCAUUGGAAAAGGAAAAAAUAAAAUCCACAUUAGAUGAUUUAAGUUCGAGAAUAUGUGUUGAAAGUGAUAAAAUUGAUGAGGAAGACCUAAGAACAUCAUUCAUUAAUUCUGGACAUUCUGAUUCAGACUGGGCUAAGAUGUUGAAAAUUAUCAGUUACCUUGCAAGCAAGAGGGAGCUAGGGGCAAGAUUGAAGCAAUUUAAGUUUGUGUGCCAGAGGAAUUUCAAAGAAUUGCAAUUUUCUGAAAUUGUUUCAUUUCUUACACAAAAUGGUGUUGUAAUAAGAAAUGGUGUAACAGAGGCCCGUUACAUACAUUGGAAAUUCAUCAAACUGUGGCUCGUAAACACUCGUAGACUACGCCGUUUGAGCAGGGAGAAACUGAAGCCAAGUAUGGCAAAGGGCUUGCGUGUAGUUGGACCUAAAAAAGAAGUUGUUACAGAGGGAGAGAGGAAGAUUAAAAAGAAAAAAGGACAAAUGCUUUAUCAACUGAAAAAGAGGAAAGCAGAACGUAACGGACAGCAACAAAAACGGAAACAAAAGCUUCGAAAAGUUCAGUCGCAAUCAGGUAAAACAAAAAGUAGUGUAAUAAAAAGAAACAGGUAUAGAUUUUCACUCAAAACGAAGUCUCACUUACGUGCUGAACUGAAGGCGCGUAUAAAAUCCAGUUCCUCUGGAGUAAAUGUGAACUCAGAUGCUGAACAGGCAGCUGUGGUCCCAGAAGAUUCUAAGAAGACUAAUAACUCAUGCUGUAACCAGAAAGAUGACACUACAACAGACAGUACAGAUACAAACAUUCCUCUUUCUGAAGCCAUUUCAGAUAACAAUUAUCCUCAACAACCAGUUGAAGUUAAUAAUGUAAAAACUAAUCCAGAUUCAGUGGACAGCUGUUCUUUGCACACAAAAAAUGAUGUAAAUACCCUUGAAGAUCCUCAAAUUACUGAUGAUGGAGUAACCUCUCCAAAAAAGACUGAGGAACACAAAUCUGUGACUGUUUCAAACACUGAAGGAACAACAGCAACUAGUUUGCCUCAUAGCUCUAAUUUGGAUAGUUGUGGCAGCUCCAACAGUAGGUGUCAUCUUCCAGAGAGUAGUGUUGUAUCAGAAAAAGGCAAGACAUGUAAAAUUCCAAAUAAAAAAUCUACAGAAGUGAAACAGGAAAAUGUGGAAGUCCAAAGACCAAGAAAAAGGAAAAGAAAUGAAAUUUCAAGAAAAGAAAAGAUUGAAAUGGAUAAAUCAGCAAAAGUAAUGGAACUGAAAGCAGCUGCAAGAGAAUUGGAGAACAGUGAGCAGAUCCAGAUUUCGAUGCGACCAUGGAUAAGAAUAAAUGGUACAUUAAAUAGGAGAAUACUGGAUCGCUUGCUGGGAGCCAUUCUUGGACACUGCAUGUCCAAACCAGGAAAUACUAUAGAGAGCAUUGCUGAACGGUUUUCACCAGCAAUACAACCCUUUCAUGUAAGGGAACUUCUGGAGAUUCUGUGGAAGAUGGGCUGUGUUAAGAUGUACACCAUUCAUAAAUCAUGGCCGGCUACAUUAUUUUCAUCACCAUCAAAUAUAACUAUAUUGCCUGCUGAUGGAAGCGAAAGUAGUGCUGAUAUCGUAGUUGAUCCACAACCAGAUGCUGUUACAAGAUUGGGACAGUUCAUUGGAAAGAAGACAUAUUCAAAGGACUUCUUAAGUUGUUAGCACUAACUCAUUAUGACUGUCCUCAAAUUUAUUUAUCUUUUUUUCAAAGUAUAUGUUAUUUUUUCUACUUUUGGUGACAUAUGUAAUGCAUAUUUAUACUGUGUACAGUAGGAUUUAUAAUCCAAUUCAUUGUAGGCUAAUUUAAAUGCAACUCUGUGUAAAUAAAUAAAGACCAUUACAUUAUCAUA